AUGGUGAACUCGGCACAGAUUGACGCCGUCCUCGUCCUUGUUCCCCGGAGUCAAGAAUCCAGGGGUGGGCGCUGGGCUGGAGGCCGCAGGAGGGGCGGCUGCCCGCUCACCGAAGCGCUAGGGCGCUGCCCGCCGGGGCCGUGGGCGCCGCGGGAGCCCCGGCCCGGCCCGGCCCCUCAGCCACCUGCGCGGGGCGGCCGCGGCGCCAGCGCGCCCCCCGGCGGCGGCCGCGCGCUCUGCCGCCGGCCCGCUGAGGGCGGGGGGCCGGGAGCCGCCCCCGAGCCGGGAACCUCCUUCCGCACCGCGGCCAGGGGCUCUGCGGGGCCGGGGAGCCUCAACAAGGAUCAACACAGGAGGGGCCCGGCUCUCAGCCAGGGCAGUCGGUCGCUGAGUGUGAGUGCUCGUCACUGCCCUGCCCGUGGGACCCCUGGAGAGCCGUGGAGGGAGAGCCGUGCCCGCCGACGGAGACCCUCCCCAGCACCCGGCCUGAGGGAGAUGUUUUCCGUGCUCAGUUGGAUGCAAAGCCCUGUGUAUCGCUGGUGUUCAGCCAAAGGCUUGUGUCUGUGGAGCCCCACAGAAGUAGUUCAUCAGGACAUCAGUGACUUCUGCACCUAUUCUAACCUUGUUCCUGCCCUCUUCCUCCUGCCUCUCCUGACUGCAUGGCACAUCAGGGCUUAAUGUGUGAGCUGUUACCCAAGGGGACAAUACACCCUUGUAUCAGGAACCCCAGCAAAAUCAUGGGUCACAAGCACUGAGUGGAGGGAAAUGAAGUCAGAAAAAGCAGUUCUUGUCCCUGACCCUACAGCUGUCCCUUUUGAAGCCUUCAUUUAUUCAAAAAUACUUUGGGUUUACUGCAGACAGGAAUAAGAAAUGCCAGUGUUAUGGAUCUGGGCUACACACACCAACCUUAGCCAGAUCUAUUUCUGUAUCAUCACUCAUAGGGAAAGCAGUGUGAGCAAGGACUAGGUAACAUUGACAGGAGCUGUUUAAAUGAUAAGACAAAGUAUUUUUUAAAUAGUCUGGCAGAUAUAUUUGUCAGAUAACAGUGCACGUGCAAUAAAACUCAGAUGAGGAAUCAGAGGAAUUUGGAACCCAAGGCAGCAGCAUUUUCUCAGGAUUUCAUGUAUUCUAAGUGCAUCAUUUUGUCAGUAAAGAGGAGGUGUUUUACAUAGUUUAUGAAAAUAUAUUUACACAUUUCAAUAUGGUGUCACUAUUGUGCUCACGCGCAAGAUAAAGCUGAGUCUCAGUGACUGCAACAAUAAAGAGAUACAUCAAGUGACUGAACAGAUGAGCUGCUGUUACAGUAGGUUCUCUGUUAUUCUCUUUGCCUCAUUUUAGAAAAAAUGCAACACCAGGUUUUUAAUAGAGUUGGUUCAGUCCCUUUCCAUCUGCUGUGCCUUUCCCCCUCUUAAAAAAAUUACAGAGGGCCAAUUUGAUCACAGGCCUGAAACAGAUUUUGAAAGACUUAUUUACCAUAUUAAAACCAAGCAAAACAUUUUCUACCUUUUCAGGCUUCAUGAAAUGCUAACCAAUUUUUUACACCUUUUUCUUUCACUGGACUAUUUUGUUGUCUCUCCCUAUUGGAGUGUUCAUUUGGCAACAUAUUGCCUAUUUUAUAAGCAGUAAAGUAAAAUAAAAGAAACUUUCAGAAUUGUGAAGUUCCUAAAACUGUGUCUGAAGUCAUUAGUGCCAGUACACAGCACUUCUCAAGCUCAAAAGCUAAUUAUUGAGCAGAUGCUUUUGCAAUAAGAUGCUGAGGGCAGUUUUGACCAAGAGCCUCCUAAGAAUUGCCCUGUGAGUUUUCUGCUGCAGGCUGCUUUGCUAGCACUAGUGCACUGUGCAGGAGAUGGGGACACUUCUGAGAGUAUAUAAAAUGUCUUAUCUGCUGCUAUUCAAACACAAGUAACACAGAGUAUUUCAGACUUCUCUCUCUCUCUCUGCCAGGAUACGUAUUUAAAGGCUUGAUACUCCAAAUCUUUUCUAUUUACUUCAAGUUACAUUAUUUGGUCUAAUAAGAGAUAUUAUCUCUGUCGACAAACCUCAUACAGUUAUAUGCCCUCCAUCAACUUUAUAUGAAGUGGAGUACAUAUUUGAAGGCAGAAACAAAUUCCUAGGAUUUCCCAAUGUUGGGGAAAGACACCAAGCUUCUGCACGCAUCUGCUUUGUACAGAAACGAAAUAGUUAUAUUUUAGGUUCCUUAUAGGAUUAUAAGGGUUAUAUAGUUAUAUUUUGGAUUGCUUAUCAGCAGGCUGCACUAAGGCUAGUGUGUGAUCCAACAAGGAUGUGAAGGGCAAUGUUCAAAUACAGGUAUGGGGAUGAAUACAAAGUCUUUCUAAGUAGCAGGCUGAAAAAAAUUAGUGACCGUCACACAGAAAGUUUUAGGGAAAAGGUCUGAAGACCAGUAAAGCCUUAACUACAUGCUAUGAACUGGUGCCUAUCAGUGGAGUGGUCAGGACGGGUUAGUUUUGCUCAUCAGGUCUGACAGGGCAUAACACUGUAUGCCAGAAAAGUGGAAAAUUCAAGAAAACAUGAGGUAUUGACAUGUUAACCUUCUUCACAGACCAUUAUUUACAAGAAAAACCUGAAUUUUCUUAGGUGAAUGUAAGUGAGCAAAGCUGCUGCUGGAUGGAGCCAACAAAGCCUGCAGUUUUGAGCACCAGCUUCUCUGCUCUUGAGGGUGGACACAGGAUGCGUGUCCCUGCUGCUGGACUGUGAGUAGGGAGCAGUCCUAUUCCCAUCAGUUGUCCCAUUCCCUUCAGUUGUCACACUGGAAACUUGUGACAAAGGAUGGACUUGAAGCCUGUGCUCAGUGCUGCUUCUAAAAACCACCUUCUCUCCUGAAAUCCCAUCUUGCCCUGCCACGGGCUUCGCAGAGGGGGACCUGCUGCAGGGCAGCCCUCAUUCCAUCGUGUCACUUCUUGGUCUCCAUCUGAGCUGUCGCCUUUUGAGACCUUGCCUGACAUUUUUAAUUAAGCACUUUCCGUGAAAGAUGCCAGUGCACAGAUAAUCAGACAGAUUUUUACAAGGAGCUGUUUAAAUUGCUGAUGCCUACUUGGAGAUGCUUAGUUUCAAUUCUCAGUUUCUGUAUUGAAGCAGAGCAGUAGUCAUUUACCAUGACAGAUAAAGCCUCGCUGUCAGAGUGCUGCAGAGAGGCUGCAGUACUGGGAGCUCGUAGCUAGGUGUAGCUGAAGCCCUGCCUUUCUUAUUGAUUAAAGUAUUUAAAAGAGCAGUCUUUUAAUUUGAUUUAUCGUAUACAUUUUAACUGAAUGAACAUAGUUAGAAUGAGUAGUGAUGGAUGCUUACGGAGUAGAGACUUUACCUAGUGUAAGAAUAGCUUCUUGGCAAUUCCACAAUGCCUUCACAAAAAUUAGAUUAAUACACACAGCGACUCUACUAGACUGAUUCCUUUAGCCCAAACCUCUUAGUCCAGGGGUCUUUUUGACAUGGUUUUGCACGUAAAUAUUGCAAGCAAUGAAGUCCUUUAUUAGAGGGCUGUGUUUUUUUCGCCCAAGCUCUGUUACCAAGGUGUGUGUUUAAAGGGUGAGAUUGGCUCCAGAGGAAUCAGUGAAGCAGAGCACUUCUAAAUUCCAAAGCUGAGCUCUCAGUAUUUUGGCCUGAGGAAGGAAUGGAGACUACUUUUCUUCCUUGCCUCUUUUUCAGAUCUCUCCAGCUCUACUGUACAUAACAGCAUGGCUCUGAAUGGCAUUUUCAUAACUGUGAUUGUAGAUAAGGCAAAGUUCAGGAGUUACAUUCUAUUCUCUCUAUUUUGGUUUUUUGGGGUUUUUUUUGUGGGUUUUUGAGGGUUUUGGGUGGGUUUUUAAUUUGGUUUGGGGUUUGUUUGUUUGGUUUGGUUUGGUAUUUUUGUUUGUAGUUGAUUUUGGUUUGGGGUUUUGGGGGUUUUAUGCUUAGCUUUCAAAAGACAGUGGUCUUGAAUUGUAAAGAUUAGCAGGACUUAACUUUUUAUUCACCUGUGUUUUUUUUCCAGAUAUGCUUUAUAACCAAAAUCUAGAUCAGUGAUCUUUGGGUCCAGUUCUGACCUAGGUAACUGUUUGGUCAGUGAAGUCCAAGUCAGGAAUCAAGGCCUGACUGAUGGCUUAUCCAGUAUAGCCAUAACCUUGGGAUCCUUUUUGGAGAGCAAGCAGUACUUAAUGCCAAAACUGCAUAGCAUAUUCUUAGUCUAAUGCAGUUACUUCAGCUCCCCUGAAGUCACCCCACCAAAAUCAGUGGGCCUAAAAGUGCUCAGAACAUGUUAUUCAUUUUAGGAGGACUAUAUGUUGCUUGGUCAGGUUAUACCAUAGUGGUGUAAAUUACUCUUGGGCCUUUUCAGUCCUUCAGAGUCUAGAGUGGUGUUGCUGGAGACACUGCUGUAUCAAGUUAAAGUGUGGAUUGAGCACAGCACUGCAGAUGCAGACAUGAAUCAUCCUCUCUAACCGCAACACCUUGUGUAACAGUGGUAAUUUCAGAUUGGAUUAGAUCAGAAUUCACAAUCACUAUGAUUACUGAGAGUCUGUCUGAUAUUCUCAUUAACUUAAUUCAAAUAUAGUGUCACAUAUUUGAGUAUAAUCUAAAAGUGUUGUUUGGAUCAAGAAUGGAUUAGAGUACGUUCUGAUCCAUGCUUUGCUCUGACAUUAACUUACUGGGGUUUAUUACUGUUAAAAUCAUUCUGAUAAAGAACUACUGUGACCUUAUGAUUAGCCUUUUCCUCCGCCUAAAGUGAAAAAACUUGAAAAUGUCUUCCUUCUUAGUUUUGAGGGUUUUGUAUCAUCCUGGUAGCAGGUGGUCUUUAACUACUGAGAAGGAAAGGAAAGUAGAUGGAAAUGUGAUUGACUAACAUUUUCCUAAUUUUUUUUCCUCCCUCACAAAAAUGAGCUGCUCCAAAGUGUUUGUCAGUGGCUUUGGUCAGCCUCUUUCAUUGUGUGGAAAUUGCAUGUUGCUUUUUAAGGAAGCUUAAGUACAUUCAUGAAUCACUUUCAUGUGUGUCACAUCUAUGGGGUAUAGACACUUCUGUUUUUCAGUUGUUCUGCUAAAAAAGUAAAGACAUAGAUGUAUAUAAUGUUUAAUAUCCAAACCAAUUCACACUGCCAGUAAAGCAUCCAUUGUUAUCAGGGAGAUUUUGUACUUUCCUUUAGAAAGGAAAAUUCCCCGCUUACACCUGCUUGUGCCAGGAGUUAGCAGAUUCAUGACUCCUCAGUGUUAGCUGCCUGAGGUCGGUGGUCAUGCUGAAAUGCUGCGCGACUUUCUUCUUCCACUUUGUUGAUGAAGGUUAUGUGGAAGAUUGAUGAUCUGUGGAUAUCCUUGACACCUGAUGGUCUAUGAAGGAACCGGGUCAUGGAACAGGACUUAAAAAUUGAUAGAGCCUCACAAGGACCCAGCUAGACAAACCUUAGUUGGUGACAUAAAAGGAAAGAGAAUACAGA